CAAACACACUGUAUUUAAAACGAACUCUCGGGUAAGAAUAUCGCAGUUGAAAAGUGUAAUAACAAGUCGCAGGGAUUUAUUUUCAAAAUGGUGGUCAGAGUAGUCGUCCUCCUCAGCCUCCUUGGAAUUGUCUCAGCUGCGACCAAUAAAGUGGUUUGUUAUCACGGAAUAUGGGCCACUUAUCGCCCCAACAAUGGGAGAUUCACCGUCGACGACAUCGACCCCAAUCUUUGCACACAUCUAAUUUACUCAUUUGUUGGACUCGAGACCGACGGGCGAGUAAAACACCUGGAACCGAAUUUGGACGUCAAUUUGGGCAAUUUGAAAAAAUUCAAUGAUUUGAAAUUGAAAAAUCCGAAAUUGAAAACUUUGGUGGCCAUCGGGGGGUGGAAUGAGGGCUCGAUCAGGUAUUCCAAUAUGGCGGCGAGUGCCAAUUUGAGGGCUGUUUUCGUCAAGAGUGCCGUGGAGUUUGUGCAAAAGUGGGGGUUUGACGGGUUUGACCUUGAUUGGGAGUAUCCAGGGCAACGGGGAGGCGCCGCCUCCGAUAAAUUUAUGUUGGGGUAUAAUGAGAUUGUCGAGUUGCAAAAAGAGGGUGGAUGGAGUGUUGUAUGGGAUGACACCCAGAAAAACACCCAUAUGUUUAAAGGGGACCAAUGGGUGGGUUUUGACAGUCCAAAAGCAAUCUCACUUAAGGUCGAGUAUGCCAAAUCGUUGAAUCUCGGAGGUGUCAUGAUUUGGUCGAUUGAAACAGAUGACGUUAGAGGGGUCAGUGGUACCAAAUACCCCAUUCUCAAGGCCAUAAAUCAAGCACUUGAGGGUGGUAGCAAUGAGAUUGUGGAACCUGCCCCUCAACCUGUUGAGGAGGUUACUCAAAAACCAGCGCCCCCUUCUCGCGAUUUGAGUAAUCUUUGUACCAAAGUUGGUUAUGUUCGAGAUCCGGUUGAUUGUUCCAUUUUUUACUAUUGUUUGCCCUACAAUGGGGGUUUUGUGCCCUUGGAACAGAAAUGUAAUGCUGGAUUGGCCUUUGAUGAGGAGAAAUUGAUGUGUGAUUAUCCUGAAGUUGUAAAAUGUUAAAAAUUGUUGCUUUUAGACAAUAAAAUUUUGAAUUUUGA